AUGGCCCACCCGGCCCGCCUGCGGCCAAUGAAAGAUGGCUCAUCUGGGCUGAGGGCUAAGCCAAUACGGCCCACUACUUUCAUGGGCCUGCCCUGCUGGCCCAUAGAGGAAAACCAUGGACACUCCUCUACGCCGCCGCAAAAUGGAAGAAAUCGAGCACUCUCCCCACGAUUCCGCCGCCGCCGAAGACCUCGAUCGCAAGCACUCGGCAAUGCAGUAACAGAUAGUUAUCGAACGCAGUCCUUUUGUCAGCCCGAUAAGGAGCUGAAUCUGGAAACUGAGAAGCUAGGUUUUAGGGAUUUGAAUAUCUCUCCCGGUUUCAGAAACAGAGAGAAUGAGGUUUAUGUUGGGGUGGUAAUGAGUUCGGUUUUGAUCGAGGGAGCGGAGGUGUGCGUCUUCGUUUUGGGGGCGCAUCAAAUUAGGAUUCAUAAUGCGAAAAAUUGCGACUUUUAUCUUCGAGUGAGGAGUAGGCCUAUAAUCGAGGAUUGUAAUGGUGUUAGAUUUGCUCCGUAUUGUUCGAGUUACAAAGGAAUAGAGAAGGAUCUUACAGAUGCGAAUCUUGGUGAGGAAAAUGGGAAUUGA